UCCGCGUCACGUGGAAGGGGUGCGCUGUGGAGGGUCACGUGGGGCGAAAGAUGGCGGCUCCAGAAGAGCGAGAGGCGGGCGUCGGCGCUGAGCAGGCGUUUCUCACUUUUUACACGGAGGUGAAACAAAUAGAGAGGCGAGAUUCUGUUUUAACUUCAAAAAAUCAGAUUGAGAGACUUACUAGGCCUGGGUCAUCUUAUUUCAAUCUGAAUCCAUUUGAGGUGUUGCAGUUGGAUCCUGAAGUUACAGAUGAAGAGAUAAAGAAAAGAUUCCGUCAGUUAUCCAUAUUGGUGCAUCCUGACAAAAACCAAGAUGAUCCUGAAAGAGCCCAAAAGGCAUUUGAAGCUGUCGACAAAGCAUACAAGUUGUUGCUGGACCAGGAACAAAAGAAGAGGGCCUUAGAUGUGAUACAGGCUGGAAAGGAAUAUGUGGAGCAUAUUGCAAAAGAGAAAAAGAAACAAUUAAAGAAAGAAGGCAAGCCAACCAACAUAGAAGAGGAUGACUCAGAAGUAUUUAAACAAGCUGUAUACAAACAAACUAUGAAGCUCUUCGCAGAACUUGAAAUUAAAAGAAAAGAGAGAGAAGCAAAAGAAAUGCAUGAAAGGAAGCGUCAGAGAGAAGAAGAAAUAGAAGCCCAAGAGAAAGCAAAACGUGAACGAGAGUGGCAAAAGAAUUUUGAGGAGAGUCGAGAUGGGCGUGUGGAUAGUUGGAGGAACUUCCAAGCACACACAAAAGGGAAGAAAGAAAAGAAAAACAGGACCUUUUUGAGGCCCCCCAAAGUGAAGAUGGAGCAGCGUGAAUGAGCCUGGCUCUUCCAGGCUCCAGUGGACACUUCCAUAUCACAGGUUUAACCUCUUCUUGCUUUUCCAGUAGGAUCUUUGUUUUCAGUAUGAUUCAAUUUUGGUUGAAGCAUUUUCCGUCCCCUACCCAUUUGCCUGAGGCUCACAGUGUGUUGCCCACACACUGCUCUUAGAACCUUCUUCACUAAUUUAGGAAGAUGCUGCCAUCUUGUAAUGCUUGUAAUUUAAUGUUCUUUACUCCAAAGAUGUUGCUGUUCAAAUUGCCAUCAAGUCUCUAAAAUUAUAGAAAUUAUCAGUUCUAAGACAGAUAUUCAGAAGAUUGCCCAGUGACUCCUACUCUUCUAGGUCAGUUGCUCCGCUCCUCUGCAUCCGUUUCCACUUGUCAGUCGUGGGAAUUGCAGCCUGGGAUAGGCAUGUCUCCUUGGAUUUCACGGAAGUUCAUAACUUGGCUGCAUGGAGCUGAAAAUAUUCCUUGGCUCUUAUACCCUGGUGGUAACUCCUGGAUUCCAUGAUCGCGUAUGGGUGACUGGCCUACUUAAAACCUCUCUGUAAAUAAUUUUAAACAUACUUGCCUUGGAUAGUCUUAGUGGCAAUGUUGCGUAUGUAAAAUAAAUUUUUACCCAAUA